AUGACGCGCUACGUGCCCAAAACCGUCCGCGAGUACGGUCGCAUCCAUUUGGCGGAACGCCUGGCCGAGUACGGCUGGCAGUGCUUCAUCGCUCGCCGCAGCCCCAAUGAGGACGAAGUGAUCGCCGGGAUCCCCGAACAAUCUCGAGAAGUCCGGUUGAAGUUCCACUCACAGGAACAUCGCCAGGCCGUGCGUUUCUACGAUGCCGACGGCCUCGAUUGGGACUGGGAGUACCUGGUCAUCAGCACCGAAAUCCUGGCGGACCUUCCGGUAACGUACCUGCUCUCUCGGAACGACGUCCGCGACCAGGGCCGGCUGGAGGAGGAGUUCGGCGGAGCCCUGUGGCUGCAGCCCGACGCCUUCUCCGAGACGCUAUUCCAGGAAGCGUGGCACAAGCUGGAUGGCUAG